AGUUUUAACUUCGCUAAAAAAGUGAAGUGAAGUAAAGUUUGUUACUCCGGACCGAUUCCGAUAUAUUUCAAAACAGUCUUCAUCCCGAGUACGUUAGACGUGCGGAAUUUAAAAUUUACAAAUUCAAGUUCUUGUUAUUUUCUUUAAACGUUCCUGUAAAGAAAAUGUCUGAUGAUAAGGAGUGCCAUGGUGCAAAUAAUAAGCCCUAUAAAAGAUAUUUAGGUUCAGAGAAAAAUUUAAUAGAUACAGUAGACAUUUUUUCUUUUAAUGCUCUAGAGAAAGCUCGCUUAGGUGAAUUAUUUGAUACUAUUCUUCAUGGCGUGAGAGUCGAAGAUGCCUACACUUAUCCUGAUAUUGAUUUCAAAAAAUAUCCUCACCUUAAAUUAGGAUAUAAUAAAACUGAUUUUUCCUUACUCCAUAAUAAUGAUAAUAAUGCUGAAAUAAAACCUGUUCUGAAUUUUGAUGAUUUAGAACCUCAUAAUGAAGUUACUGAAAUGUUGCAACUGUGGGAUUCCGCAUUUUAUUUCACUGAUGUUGACAUUGACGUAAAAGCAGUGGCUGAAAUUUCUGAUAGCUUUACAGAAUUGGAAGGUUUACCAUGGCCACCCAAGAAUCUGACAGUAACUAUACCACCAGACAGAAUGGAUUAUAAAAAGGAGGAAAAGGAAGGAAGCAGUAAUGAAACAGAAAGGAAAGAAGAAAAUCAAAAACAUGUAAGUGAUAAGGAAGAAAAUGAAAAAGACAGUGAAAAAAAAGAAAGUGAUGAUGAAAAAGAAAGUGACGAAAAAGAAAGUGAAGAUGAAAAAGAAAUGGGAUUGCUUGAUAGACCAGUGGAAGUAACUGGUUGCCGUGCACGUAAACAGGUUGAGCGUCUUGAAGUUAGCUUUGCUCUUCCUACUAAAGAUAAGCAAAUCCCUGAAGGUCGUGGACAGAAAUUGGGUGAUUGUCCUAGAAUUGAGUUCCAGAUUGCUAAACAUUCUGUUGCUGACUUAAAACCCUUGCAUCGUGUACUUUUCAAUAGACAGGGAACUGCAAAUGACACAAAGAAGAAUAUUCGUAAAUUUUCUGGAUUCCCAUUUCAGGAUGGUUCUUCUGAUUUUGAACAAAAAAAGGAUAAAGUGCAGAAGUUUAGCAUACCAGUUCUUAAAGGUAUAUGUGAAAUUCUUGAUAUUGAACGAAGUGGAACUAAAGAGGAUAUUGUAAUGAGGCUGCUACAAUUUUUAGUUUGCCCAAAAGAUUCUGGAAAAGCAUUGCCAAAAAAAAAAACUUCUGGUCGAGAUAAAAAGAAUGCUUCUAAAAAGAAGGGUAAAGGUAAUAAUAAGAAGUCUAAAGCAAAGGAUUCUGAUGAAGAAGGUGAUGAGGAAACUGCUAUUAGUGUUGAUGAAGCGAGUGAUGCUAGUGCCAAUGAAGAAGAAGAAGAAGAACCCAGUGACUCUGAGACUAAGAAAAAAUCAAAAGCAAAAAGCAAAAAAGCUCCUGCAAAAGCAAAAACUGUUAAGAAGGAAAAACCAAAAAAGGAAGCUAAAGGAACAAAGAGGAAGAAAGAUAUCGUUAUAGAUGACAGCUCUGAUUCUGAACCAGCUGAAAAAAAAUCGAAACUCCCUGAUGAUGAAGAUAUUAAACAGCUAGUGAAAACGAUUCUUGAGGAAGCAAAUCUACAUGAAAUAACCAUGAAGAAAGUUAUUAAGCAGGUAUAUGAUACUUACCCUGACUGCGAUUUGACAGACAAGAAAUCGUUCAUCAAAAAGACAAUUAAGACGGUGCUGCAAUUGAAUGAACAGGGUGAAGACAGGUGAUGAGAUUGUUUCAUGUGAGAAAAUGUUGUUGGAAGUUGGAGUAUUCAAUUUAUUUGUUUAAAAAAAAAAAGAUAACAUUUGUCAUUCUAUUUGAGCAUGUACAUCCCAUUAUAUUGUAAACAUAUGGCUAUUUUGUAUCACUGGAUAUUCAUCAAAUACUUCUGAAUUAAUAAUUUUACAAUUAUUUAUGUAUUUACCUCUUUUAUAAAAUUUUAAUAUUUAGUAAAAACUUCAUUUGUAUUAAAGAUGAUGAUUAUUGAACUUGUAUUUUUACCAUUUUAAACUUUGGUUAUUAUUCCUUCUGCAGGCUGUUUGCUUAAUCUAUAAACCACUACUUAUAGAUGAAUGAAUGUUUUAUUAAUGCUUACAGAUUUUACAUGUGUUUCUACAGGCAAUAAUUUACAAAUUACUUUUUAUUAGUGUAACCUAUACUCAUGAUUGGUGUUUAUCUACUCCAUGAUGUUUUAUAUGAGUGUUUGGAUAAUAUUCAUUUUCAGAUUAGCCAUUUUUAAACCAUCAUUUCUGUAAGAAUUCUUAGCUCAUCAUUAAACAUUAAUUUUGCAUCCACAA